AUGGCCCCCCUCACACUCCUUUUCUCGUCGUUCGUUUUCUCGCUUGCCUUUGGCGCUCCUGUCUCUACUGGAGACUCGAAUCUGGGCAGGGAUCUUCUCAUUGCGCAAUCCUUUAGGCAGAAAAUUGCUGGACCCGAAGGCAUCACCAAGAACUGGACUGGUGGUAGCGACGUCUGCAAGCUCGAUGGCUUUUACUGCGAACACAACCCCAACACGGGCGCCGAGGCCGUCGCAGGGAUCGACCUCAACGGUUUCGGCCUGUACGGAGACCACCUGACGUUGGACGACUUCCUCGACAAGAUGACGGACCUGACCUUCUUCCACGCCAACUCCAACAACUUCACGGGGUCGCUGCCGAAGGACCUCACGGCGCUCAAGUGGCUGUACGAGAUCGACCUGAGCUCGAACAAGCUCUCCGGCCCCUUCCCGAGGAGCGUCCUCGACAUCAACCUGACCUUCCUCGACCUGCGCUUCAACGAGUUCUCCGGCCCCAUCCCACGCGAGGUCUUCGACCUCGACCUCGACGUCCUCUUCCUCAACAACAACCAGUUCUCGUCCGGCAUCCCGGACAACCUCGGGUCCUCCCCCGUCCUGUACCUUACCCUGGCUAACAACAAGCUGAGCGGCUCCAUCCCCAAGUCGAUCGGGAGCAUGAAGCACGUCCAGGAGAUCCUGCUGCUGGGCAACGCCCUGUCGGGGUCGAUCCCCAGGACGUGGGCGACGCAGAACCUUACGCUCUUCGACGCCAGCUACAACAGGCUGUCGGGAUCCGUCCCCGAAGACCUGUGCAAGCUCGAGAGCCUGGAGGUGCUGAACCUGUCCGACAACAACUUGGGCGGUUCUCUUGGGCCUGCCUGCGCUGCUCUGGUCGAUAAGAAGAUCUUGGACGUGUCCAACAACUGUAUCAAGGGAGCAAAGAACCAGAAGCCCGCAGACCAGUGCCGGUCCAAGGAGUGA